CUUCUACAUUGGCUUUACUUCGUGAAAUAUAGGAUAGAAUUUGACGAUUAGAAAAUCUAUUUGAAAGAGAUUGAAAAAUAUUUCGUAGAUAAGAUUUAUAUAGAUUCGUCCGUUCCAUAUAUGGUUAGAUUUCCGACGAAAAUGUUUGUAUCAUUAACUUGAUACAAUUAAGAAAGAAAUAAUCGUGUUCGAUAGGGAAUAUUACGAGUAGAACGGACAAAAGCAGUGAAGAAGUAACAAAAGAUUCGUGAAAAGAGAAGUUGAAGGAAAUAGAAAAAAAUUUCUCUUGUAGACGCCAUUAUUGCUUCCCUCUGUCGUAACCAACGUAAAACGUAUAGCCACGUACUUACGUGAUUGUGUACAAACUCUGUUAUCAUUAAAUGAAAUUAAAGAAAUAUCUGAAAGAAUUAUUUGAUUAGUCUGUAUGUAAGAGGCACGUAGAAAACGUUAAUCAUAAAUUUGUUGCACCAAUUUAUUUUUAAGUGUUUAUUUUUUGAGAAUUUAACAACAAACUUCGUAAACCUAACCGUUCGUUCUUUAGGAAAGUUAUGAAGCAACGAUAAAAUGUAUGUAUUUAAACCGUUUGUCAUUGUGAGGCAUCGUUCACGAUGCCUAGAACGGCCAAAAGCAAGAAGCGGACACAGAAUAGUGUGCGAUCAUAAAAAUCUUUAUUCCUAUGGCGGAUUUAAUCCAUGCAUCGCCGAUUAUGAUCGUGACAUGAGAAAUGAUCGCAUAUGGCUCUCUAGUAAACCACUUUUCAAAGAAAUUUGGAAAUUUAAUUUGGCCACGAAUCAAUGGAAACGUUUACCUGGACGAGAAAAUUUGCCAGAUGAACUAGCAUCUAACGCAGUGAUUUUGAAGGGCAAUGCAUUGAUAGUUUAUGGUGGAACAGGUGUACCCUUUGGUGACAGCUGUAACAAUCAGCUUUAUGUGUGUAACGUCGAUGAUGGCAAAACAACAAUAGUGCCAGCAAAGGGUGACAUGCCAAAACCACAAUACGGACAAGCUCUGCUAUUUCACGAGCCAUAUCUUUAUACCAUUGGUGGUACAACUGGCCGAGAAUAUACUUGCGAUAUUCACAGAUUUAAUUUUAAAACUGGACUGUGGGAAAAGGUAUACAUUUGUACUGGAAAGGAUUUGUCAGAACCAAUGGGACGAUAUAGGCACGAGCUUGGAUUUGAUGGAAAGAAUAUUUAUGUUAUAGGUGGAGGUACUGAUUCUGAAGCUUUUAGUUUAGCAGAAAUACCAACUUUUAAUCUGGAAAAAAGAAAAUGGACAAUUUUAAAUACUCAGGGAGAUAGCGAAGAUAAUACAAUUCCUGCUCCUAGACGCUGUCAUGGCAUAGUUCAAUAUAUGGAUGAAAAGACAGGUGUAACUUAUGUUGUUAUUUCUGGAGGUACGAAUGGUACUUUUGUCUUUUCCGAUGUUUGGAGACUAGACUUGAGUGAAAUGCAAUGGACUUGCCUAAGAAAAUGUAAACUUCCACGUCCCUUAUUCUUUCAUUCUGCUGCUUUAACUCCUCAAGGUCGUAUGUAUACUUUUGGUGGUGUAAGCAUGCAUCGCGAUAAAGCAGCAAGAACAGAUGCUAUUUAUGCUGUUUGGUUAACAAUACCUAAAUUAUCUGAAAUAUGUUGGCUAGCAUUAAAUUAUUACAUUUCGGAUUUGAGAAAAAGAUCACCCGAUAAAUUGCUUCACAUUGGUAUACCAUUAAAAUUCGUUCGAAGACUCGAUCCUUGCAUAUAAUCUACUUUACACUAACAUUUGAGAUACUUGUCAUAUAUUUUGGAACAUUGGUCAUUAUUAUCGGUUAUUUAUCGCAUGAACAUUAUAAUUAUCUUU